UCAAUGUGUGUGUGUGUGAGUGUGUGUGUGUGAGUGACGGCAGCCAAGAGAGAGACGCAGAGACACUUUUCUCAGCAGCUCACGUCCUCUGAAAGUGUAUCAGUUUUGUUGCCUGUAGAUGUAGAUGCCACAGAGUCUGUGUGAGAGUAUGUGUGAGAGAGAGAGAGGGCGCGUGUGUGUGUGUGACAUGCCUGAAUAGGAUUAUUAGCAACAUAAAUAUCGACAUGGAUUUCCAACAUCGUGCAGCUCUGGAUAUCUCCACCAGGAACCCUCAGGAUGACUUCGAGAUCCUACUGAGAGUUGGAGGAGGAACCUACGGAGAAGUUUAUAAGGCACGUAACAAGCAGAAUGGAGAGCUGGCGGCCAUCAAAGUCAUCAAGAUGGAACCAGAGGAUGACUUUUCUAUCAUCCAGCAGGAAAUCGUCAUAGUGAAGAGCUGCAAACAUCCCAACAUAGUGGCCUAUUAUGGCAGCUACAUACGAGCCAAUAAACUGUGGAUCUGUAUGGAGUUCUGUGGAGGAGGCUCUCUGCAGGAUGUCUACCACGUGACUGGUCCUCUGACUGAGCCACAGAUCGCCUACAUCUGCAGGGAGAUGCUGCAGGGAUUGGACUACCUGCAUGCACAGAAGAAAAUCCACAGAGACAUUAAGGGUGCCAACAUCCUCCUCAAUGAUCAGGGCGAGGUCAAACUAGCUGACUUUGGGAUCUCGGCUCAGAUCACUGCCACUCUGGCCCGGAGGAUGUCCUUCAUCGGGACGCCAUAUUGGAUGGCGCCAGAGGUGGCAGCAGUGGAAAUUAAAGGUGGCUACAAUGAACUAUGUGACAUCUGGUCCGUGGGCAUCACAGCCAUAGAGCUGGCAGAGCUACAGCCACCGCUGUUUGAUGUCCACCCACUGAGAGUCCUGUUUCUCAUGUCCAAGAGCGGCUACCAGCCUCCUAAACUGAAGGACAAGUCCAAAUGGUCCUCCAUGUUUUAUAACUUUGUAAAGGCCAUGUUGGUGAGGAACCCGAAGAAGAGACCCAGUGCCUCCAAGAUGCUCUCACACAUGUUUUUGACCCAGCAGUGUCUGAACCAGGAGCUGAUCCUGGACCUGCUGGAGAAGUUGCGACACCCUGAGAAACUGAAGACCUGCAUGGUGACGGAAGACGACGAGAUGGAGGUGGCAGUGCCUGGAUCAUUAAAGAGGAUUCAGUCUAUCAACAAACACAACCGGGCAGAGAGGACAAACUCUGACAUAAGCUUGGAACAGAUUUACACUCGGAGGCCUGUGAAGAAAGAAUCACCAAACACAACAUUAAGACCUUCAGUGGGAUCAACCGGCAGCAGCAAGAGUCCAGUGAGAGAUCAGGACACAGACUCAGACGAUGACUAUGAUGACGUGGAUAUCCCUACGAUGACGGCCACCCGUCUCAUAAUGCCACCAGAUGAUACUCCGCCUCCACUUCCUCCGAAGCCCAAAGCUCGGACCAGCUCAGAGGAAAGCAUGACAGGAGAAGACGACCGGGCAAGGAAACCCUCCUCUCUGUACGCCCCCUCCCCUCUCAUCAGGACCUCCAGUGGGACCCAGGUCCGACCUGCGCUCCAACCACGAACUUCACGACACUCAGACCCUACAUCCUUCCCUGUCCAGCGGAUUGACAACCAGGCAGACCUCCUUCCUCCUGAGCUCCCCCCUAAAGGCAUACGCAGACGGCAACCACCAUCAAAGGACCCAGCUGAGUGUGUCAGCCCCGUCAUGAAGAAACCUCCUGUCUACUUUAAAAAGAUCUUCCACGGCUGCCCUCUUAAACUAAACUGCUCCACAACGUGGGAGAACCCAGCCACCAAAGGUUGUAUCAUCCACAGAAUAAAGCACACAGUAAAUUCUCUGCUCUCUCUCAUGCUAUCAGAUUUCUGUUUUAUCUGUCUGACCAGCCUGUGUUUCCUCUCUCUCUCUUCCUCAGACCAGCAUCUGAUCCUGGGGGCAGAGGAAGGGAUCUACACCCUGAACCUGAGCAGCUCAGAGGCCACCAUGGAGCUGUUGUAUCCAGGGAAGUGUACCUGGGUCUACACCAUCAAUAACAUCCUCAUGUCUGUUUCAGGUAAAUCAUCGCAGCUUCACUCUCAUUCACUCAAGGAGUUGUACGAACAGGCUCGAAAAGACCAGAGGAUGGUUUCCUUGCCGACACACAGACUGCUACCAAGGAAAUGUGCAGUGACGAGUAAAAUACCUGAUACCAAAGGCUGCAAGACCUGCGCAGUUGCAGGUAGCAUGCAGCGAGGCUGUGUGUUCCUGUGCUGUGGUCUGGAGUCCAGCGUUGUGCUGCUGCAGUGGUACGAGCCCAUGCACAAGUUCAUGCUCAUUAAGCAUUUUGACUUUCCCCUGCCCAACCCUCUGCGGGUGUUUGAGAUGGUGUCCGUGCCCCAGCAGGAGUACCCGCUGGUGUGUAUCGGUGUCUCUCGCGGGUCCAAUCCCAACCUGCCUGUCAAUGUAGAAUACAUCAACCUCAACUCCAACACAUCCUGGUUCACCAACACUGGCCUGGAGAGACCUUGUCCAGAUGUAGUUCAAGUAAACCAGUUGGACAGCAGUUCACUGCUCGUCCUCCUAGAAAAGUCGGUACAUAUAGUCGGUCUGGAGGGGGAGUUGAAGAGCAGCAGGUCUAUGACCCAUGAGACCACCUUCUCUCAUGAUGUUGAGUCUAUAGUGUAUUUUGAGGAAACGCUGCUGGCAGUGUGGCGUCACGGCUGGCAGAGGAGAGGACAAGGUUUUUCUGAGGUGCUGGAAGAAACCACCGACCACAGAAAGAUCUACCGGCUGGUGCAGUCAGACAGGAUGGUGGUCUUGGAGACGCGUCAGACAGACGACCAGUUGGGGCUGUCCAACCUGUACGUCCUGGAAAUUGCUGAAAACUACGUCAUGCUGCCCUGACUCUCCUGUCUCCUGGCACAGGGCAUGAUGGGAAACUCACACUUGUGUUUGAAGAACUUUAAUCAUUAACCCUGACAGGCAUGGAUGCCACAGUAUUUUAUUUUCUAAUGGGAGGAGAGGAGAUAUAUGAGAAGGAGAGGAUUAUUGUGUUGUAGCCUCCAAUCUGGGGGAGUCUGCUCUUAUUUAUGCUGAGAUCCAGAAUCCAAAAUCCAGACAUCUGAGAAAACCCGAAGUGAACAGUGAAGGAAGGCCCUCCUCUAACACUAAAGAGGAGUAUCUCAGUCGAUCACAGCAGCAGCAGCUGCCUGCAGAGACUUAAACAUUUGGCUUCCAGAAGAUGCCACAUACAUAAACAUAAAGGACUGGAUGGACUCACGCUGUGUAGUUUGUAUGUUGGUGUUCAAGAUACACACUUCCUGCUGCCGUUACACUGUAAUAAAGAUAAUUAACACAAGA